AUGGAAGACCAACCUCCAAGGUAUUCCGUGCUGGAGGCCGCUGGCUGGUCGGAUAAUAAUUGGCCUCAGAAUGGGGCACAUGUCAACGACGAUGGUCGCGUCGAGGUCGACCUGGAUUCGAAGGUCUGUAGGACUGUCGCAAAGCUGAUUCCGAUCUCGCACGAGGAACACAGACCUCCUUCUUCAGUCUCGGACAAGAAAGAGUUUGAACCUUGCGAUGUGCAAUUAAACAUCGUCAUUCAGGUCGUUGGCAGUCGAGGCGACGUCCAGCCCUUUAUCGCAUUGGGUAAUGAGCUUCAACUGCAUGGCCAUCGUGUGAGACUAGCGACCCAUGGAGUGUUUGAAUCAUUCGUCCUUCAGUCCGGGUUGGAGUUCUAUCCAAUUGGAGGUGACCCGUCGGAACUCAUGGCGUACAUGGUCAAAAACCCUGGCUUAAUACCCCAAAUGAAAAGUCUGCGAAGCGGAGAGAUUCAACGCAAGCGAGCCAUGGUGGCUGAGAUGCUUCAGGGCUGCUGGGACUCAUGUAUCAGCGAUGAUCCGGUCAGCAAAGCACCGUUCGUGGCUGACGCUAUUAUCGCGAACCCGCCAAGCUUUGCUCACGUUCACUGUGCGCAAGCCUUAUCGAUUCCCUUACAUCUGAUGUUCACAAUGCCUUGGAGCAGCACGCGGGCUUUCCCGCAUCCGUUGGCAAAUCUCAAGUAUACGACCACCGAGCCAAAAUCGGCUAACUAUAUUUCUUACGGUGUUGUUGAAUGGAUGACCUGGCAGGGACUUGGUGAUGUUAUAAAUGAAUGGAGAUCUUCGCUUGAUUUAGAGCCCAUACCAGAGACAGAGGGACCAUGUCUGGCGGAGACCUUAGGAGUGCCUUUCACGUACUGUUGGUCUCCGAGCCUCAUGCCAAAACCACUUGACUGGCCAUCAACCAUAGAUGUCUGUGGCUUCUUCUUCCGCUCGCUACCGGACUACAAGCCACCUGCUGAUCUCGAUUCAUUCCUUCGAAAUGGUGACCCUCCAGUUUACAUUGGAUUCGGCAGUAUUGUGAUUGAAGAUCCGGUUGCCAUGACGAGGAAGAUUCUUCAGGCUGUUAGAUCACUUGGUAUUCGGGCAAUUAUAUCUCGUGGCUGGAGUAACAUUGGAGAGGCUGCAUCUGAUGAUCAGGUCUUCUAUCUUGGUGACUGUCCGCACGAAUGGCUUUUCCAACACGUCGCCGCUGUUGUCCACCAUGGAGGUGCAGGCACUACAGCAUGUGGCCUACGAUUUGGAAGAACAACAACUAUAAUUCCGUUUUUUGGGGAUCAACUUUUUUGGGGUAACAUGGUCGCAUCUUGUGAGCUUGGCCCUCGGCCUAUUCCUUAUCGUUCUCUCACGUCACAAAAUUUGGCGGAGGCUAUUCGAUUCUGCUUGAAGCCUGAAGCACAGCUUGCAGCUCAAGAGGUUGCAAACCGAAUGAGUCAUGAAAAUGGUGUUGCCGCCGCGGUCGCCUCAUUUCAUCGCAAUCUCCCAGUAAAGGAGAUGCGAUGCCAUGCUCUUCCUUCGGAACCCGCCGUGUGGCAGUUCAAAAAGUCCUCCAAGCCCCCCAUUCAUUUGUCAAAGGUUGGCGCUGAGGUUCUGAUCGAACAUCAUCGUUUAAAAUACAGUGAUCUUCAGCCCUACCUUGUCCGACCAGUGGUUAUUGAGAAUCGGCGAUGGGAUCCAGUCACAGGCACAGCUUCCUCGUUGAUAGGCACCGGGACUGACAUAUUGAAAGCGACAGGUGGCAUUGUUUAUCGACCAUAUCAAGAAUUUCGUCGGUCCCCCAGAAGUCAACCGGAAACUGACCUUCCAGGUCCAUCUGGCUCUCGUUCGUCUAGCAUUGGUUCUUCGGUGGAUACAGCUUCUCUCUCUUCCAAAGCUAGGAAAUCCUCGAGGCUUAAAACUACAGGCAUGGCAAUGGAGGGCUCAGCAAAAAGUCUGGGGAAGGUUGUUGGCUACUGGUAUAAAGGCGUGCUCGUAGACAUGCCUUUAGCAGCGAGUGAGGGCCUGAGGGCUGUACCUCGGCUAUACGGUGACGAAGUCAAAGAUCAUGGAACAGUUCGAGAUUGGAAAUCCGGAGCUACUUUUGCGGGAAAGAAUUUUGUUCAUGGGAUGGCCGACGGGCUCAGUGGCAUCUUCACCCAGCCUUACAAAGGUGGCCAAGAAGAGGGAGCAAAGGGCGUGGUGAAGGGACUUGCCAAGGGUACUAUUGGCAUGACGACAAAAGUUUCAUCUGCCGCAUUGGGUUUGGUGGCUUAUCCUGCCCACGGAAUGAUGAAGAGCCUUUAUAGCGCAACGCACUCCAAAACGCGGAAACACAUUCUUCAGGCGCGAGUUCAAGAAGGAAAAUAUUUAGUGGAACACUCAAAUAAGUAUCGAAAAGACUACCAAACGAUCAUUCGCAAUUUUGAGGCUGCCUACCGCAAGACUGUUGAUUCUGCCGACUCAUUGUCUACCUGA